AUGAACUCUUCCCACCCAUCCCAGACUAGACCAGGAUCUAGUCUUCACUUCGAUCCAUACAGAGACUCGCUAGAUACAGAAGAUCCGAAGCUCAAUGUGCAUGACCCCAUUGAGCUAGUGGGGUAUCCGGCCCGCUCAUGGCGUCAAGUCUGGACGGCCUUGGCUUGGUCUUCAACGUCUCUCGGGCUGUUGGAAGACCCAUCUAAGCACAAGCGAUCUUGUCGAUCGCGAUACUUACAUGGUCUACGGCGUGCAAUUAUCGGAAUAUUCAUUAUGCUAGGCAUCAUCCAAUUCAUCUCCAUCGCCUGCGGUAUCGUCCUCUCAUUCUUCCCAGAUGAAUACGACCGCGCAGUUCAUAAUUGGAUAUCCAGCGCCGACAACGCAACCACUGUAGACAAUACGCGCUGGCCCACCGAUAUCUCGCGCGAUAUCGUCCCUGUUGGCUGCCACUCCCACAACGACUACUGGCGCCGGGUGCCACUGUACUCCGCACUGCAGGCGGGAUGCAUAGGCGUCGAAGCCGACGUCUGGCUCUUCGACGACGAGCUCUACGUCGGUCACACCACAUCGUCCCUGACAGAGCGCCUAACCCUGCAAUCCAUGUACAUUGACCCGCUAGUAACCAUCCUCGAGCGCCAGAAUCCAACCACCAAAUUCAACCGGGGAGGCGACAGCUCUAUACAUGGCGUAUUCGACACAGACCCGGCCCAACCCCUAAUCCUCCUAAUCGACUUCAAAACCGCAGGCGCGGCAACCUGGCACGCCGUCACGAAGCAACUCGCUCCGCUCCGUGACCGCGGUUACCUAACCCACUUCAACGGCGACGAGCUCAUUCAAGGCCCCAUCACCGUCGUCGGAACGGGAAACACACCCUUCAACGUCGUCAUCGCAAACACCACCUACCGCGAUAUCUUCUUCGACGCCCCGCUCGACAAACUCGUUGACACCGACCAACCAGACAACAACCCCCAACUAGACGCAGCCCUCGUCCCGGGCACAGAUCUCGGCCAAGGCCAAUCCGGCAUGCCGGCUGCCAUCGCCGCAUCCACCUUCAACACCUCGAACAGCUUCUAUGCCUCCGUGUCUCUCAAAAAGGCAAUCGGCCGCCCCUGGCCCUUCCACUUCACGCAGCGCCAGAUGGAUAUCAUCCGCAGCCAGGUGCGCGUUGCGCACCAGCAUGGCUUGAAGGUACGCUACUGGGCGCUGCCGAGCUGGCCUCGCAGUCUGCGGAAUCAUGUCUGGCGCGUGCUUGCGCAGGAGGGUGUGGAUAUUUUGAAUGUUGAUGAUUUGGUUGGUGCUACUAAAGGGGAUUGGAAUACGGCUGUUUUCGAUUGGUGGCCAUGA